CACCUCAACAUUUUUGUCCUUGACUCUGGUCUUUACCAUAUUGCUAGUGAGUAGUCAUCAUCACUUCAACCAACCACAAACCCUGUGUCAAGAAGCACGUCUCACAACUUCUGGAGAACAUAUCCACCUUGAGUUCUUUUCACUUAUAGUUAUGGAGAAGGAUGGUUAUCCGUCUGUGUUUGUGGUGGACCGCCCUGCUACCGGUCUUCCAUUACCACCCAGGUUGAGAAAGAGGCAGCAGUGUGGAGGAGCAUGUCAGACCGUGCUGAUCAUGCUGGUCAGUGUGGCACUGUGUGGCAUGGCCAUAGAAGCCUGCUUCAUCUACCAUCUCUACCAUCUCUACCAUCCUGAAUCUGUUGCCUCAGCAUCGUCCUCUAAGCUUGUUGAAGAUGAAGAUGUUACUCAUCCCACUGAAUGGCCCAAUUACAAUAUUCCUCCUUCCAAACCACUGGCACAACUCACUGACGGACAAGAUGUAGUUUACGGACCACAUAUCAUGAAGUGGAGCACGAUUGCAAACCCUUUCCUCUAUGAAAUGGACUACAACAAUGGGGGCCUUAUAGUGAAGAAGGAGGGUUAUUAUUAUGUCUAUUCAAAGGUUUUCUUCUCAGACUGUGGUUCGUUUCACCACUCUGUCGAACUGCACACGCAGAAGUACAGUGAAAAACCCAUUCCCCUCCUGCAGUCAAGGAAAAUAUCCCCGAUCUCGAGCAGCGCACGAUCCAACAGUUACUUGGGUGGAGUUUUUCACUUUGACAGAGACGACGCUCUUUAUGUGAGAGUCAGCAACACCACGAAGAUCCAGAGGCACAAAUCCUAUGAGAACAUCUUUGGUGCUUUUAUGAUAUAAACAUCACAGUAGCACUUUACAUUACAGCAGAGUAACAACAUAGAAAAAGUAAUUUAAUGUAGAGUUUGUGAUUUGGUGACGCCAUCUUAUUUCUAAUGCCUGUCUGGCAUGUUAAACCAAUGUGUGGCAACAAGCAGGUUAGGUUCACUUCCAAAGUAAUAUUCAGGGGAUUUUGACUGUGAAUUUAGCAAUUACCACAUUAUGUCAUCCUGCCUAGAUGAGUCAGGAGUCAGUUGUCUAUAUUAAUAUUAUAUUAAUUGUAAGUUAUUAUUGCACUUUUACCAUAUUGUCACUGUAUUUACCGACAUCACAUUAAUCAUCAUCAGUGUCACCAUGAAUCAAAAUGUUUUCAUAAUUUUUAAAUGGAUAAACCAAACCUUUUUAUUUUAGUACACUUUUUUCAUUUUUCAUAUUCUGUAUCAUCAUAUUAAGAAAAUGUAACCAUUAACAUUUAUUCUCAUUCUUGCUGUAUCACAUAGUGUGCACACUAUUUAUUUAUUGCUUCAGUGGGUGACCACAUGACACAACUGCUUUAAUUGUGUUGAGUUUUCAUUCGAUCAUGUAAAGGAAAAUGUUGAAAUAAAUGGAUUAAAAAGUG